AGCGAGGUGGGUGACCCUGAGAGGUUGCCGUCGCGCAGUGCGCAGACAAGACGUUGCGCGUGCGCAGGCGCUCGGAGCAGAGGCCUGCCGGAAGCCAAGAUGGCGUAUAGGUGUUCUCUAGGCCACAGUUGGCGCCUUAUCAUUCUCUGAGCGGGUAUUUUGCAAGAAGCUGUGGCGAACGCCUUCUUCACCGCCAUGGCCCGGCAUCGGAAUGUUCGAGGCUAUAACUACGAUGAAGAUUUUGAAGAUGAUGAUCUCUAUGGCCAGUCUGUAGAGGAUGAUUAUUGUAUUUCACCAUCAACAGCUGCUCAGUUUAUUUACUCACGACGUGACAAACCUGUUGUUGAGCCUGUAGAAGGAUAUGGUUAUGAAGAUCUGACAGAAUCCUCCAAUUCUCUUUUGAAUCAUCAGCUAAGUGAAAUUGAUCAAGCUCGUCUUUAUUCAUGCCUUGAUCACAUGAGAGAGGUACUUGGAGAUGCUGUGCCAGAUGACAUAUUGAUUGAAGUAAUUCUGAAGAACAAGUUUGAUGUGCAGAAGGCUCUGUCAGUGGUUCUGGAGCAAGAUAAAAUGCAGAAUUUGAAGGUCAAGAAUGAGGGAGCAAUAGCUACAGAAAAGAUAGUAAAAGGCGUCUUAUUACCUUCCUCUGAAGUUUCAGCUGAUAAUGUUCAAAGCUCUUGUCCUCAGUCCCCUAAACAUUUGGAUUGCAGUAGCAAACCAUUUGAUUUUUUUGGUCCAGUAGCAAAAUAUGGAUUAUAUCAUAAUUCCUCAGUUGUACCAAGUCACUAUUUACUCUUGAAAAAAAGGAAACUAUACAGACCUAAAAGUGAAAAGAAACUAGAAUCAUGUAAGUUAACACAAGAACUGUCACUAGCUGACCUAAUGGAUGAUAUGCCAAGAGAUUCUGAUAAAAGUCAGCCAUCAGUCAGAUUAUCAUCCACAGAUAGUCUGGAAAACCUUUCAAAGAGUCUAGAUGCUGAUUUGUUAAGACCUCAUGCAUCCGAAUGUGUUUCCAAAGAUGAGUCUGCGUUCAAAAGAAUACCGGAUUUAAAAUCCUUAAUGAUGAGGAGCACGACACCUAAUAACUCUUUAUUUAUUCAAAAUAAUUCACUACCUGAUUUGCAAAACAUUCCAGUACAAAACAGUUUAGGAAGUUUAAAUAAUCCUUUCCUCCCAACUAGCUCAUUGGAAAAUGUGGCUCUUGAUAAUUUAAAUGCUCGUAAAAUAACUGAAAUUGGAGAUGUUUCUUCAGUUGAACAAAGUGCAAAGAAUUACAUUUUAGAAAAUGACAAUUUGCAGUUUUGCCAAUAUGAAGGUCCAUCUCUAGCUGAACUGUUUCAGGACCACAAAGAAAACAAUCCAAGCCAGUACUUUACUUUAUCUAAUCUUUGUAACCAGUCACCUGCCAGUUUCACAGAUCUAAGUUUAGGAUCCUUUCCCCUGUCACAACUAGCAAAUCGGUAUCAGUCUUCAACUGGAAUAUCAGAACUAACAGGAUCUCUAUCAUCUCUGGCAUUUCAUAAAGCUUCCCCUACAAGAGACCUUGAGAAUUUGUCACUUUCUGAUUUGAUUGCAGAAACAAUUGACAUAGACAACUCUCAGAUUAAGAAAGAUUCUUUCAAGCUCAGUUUAUCUGAAAUGAGGUCACCUGGAAUAGAUUCAAAUAUUGAUCUCAGUGUCCUUAUAAAAUCCCCAGAUCUUGUACCAAAACCUGUGGUAGACCAAUCAGUUGUUCCAACACCAGAAACUAAAGUUCUAAAUUCGAAGCUAGAGAAGAAUUUCAUUUCUGCCAGGGAUAAUAAGAAAAACAGUAAAGGCUCUCUGAAUAGGGAACCACCUUUUUCUUUGUCUUGGACCAAAGCCCUUGCUGCUAGACCUUCAGCUUUUGCUUCAACACUGUGUCUACGUUACCCAUUGAAAAGUUGCAAGCGACGCACCCUUGACCUCUACAAGACCUUUCUUUAUAGUAGACAAGUUCAAGAUGUAAAGGACAAAGAAAUAAGCCCUCUUAUAACAAUAACACCAUUUGACUUCAAAUCAGCAUCUCCUGAUGACAUUGUAAAAGCUAAUCAAAAGAAAGUUUUUACUAGAGAAUAGUAACAAAAGGAAAACUUGAUAACUGUUGUAGAGCUUUUUAUUUUAAAAUAACUUAAAGUCUUUAUAGGAUUACUUUAUAUUAUGGGAUUUAAGCUGUGAUUUUUAUAUUAAAAUUGUCUUAAGUUAGUUGGUAUGUAUUUUUGCACUGGAAUUUCUUUUUUUUUACUCUUAGCAAUAACUGGCUUUAUUUAAGUUGAUAGACUAUAAUAAUGGUGUAUGUUUACAAAGUGCAUAUGGAAACUUGAUAUUGUGAAAUCAAACCUCAGAUACAGUAUUUUUGUCUGAAUCAUUCAACUUUAUUAUAAUGAGACAUUUUCUUUUAUAAAAUAUUUUUGUGCUUCGUUCUUAAAUGAAAUGCCAUCACAUAAGAUUAUUAUAGUUUAGUAAUGAAGAUUUUUCUUAUACGUGGCAUAGCAUAGCUGAGACACAAUUAUAUUUUAAAAUAUUAGUGAUAUCAUUCUCAUUUUUUUCCUGUAGGCAGAUACUAACAUUUUUUUAUUAGAAAAUCUUAACAUUCCUGACUUAAGAAUACUGUAGAAUUGUUGAAAUACAUUUUUGUUGAAAAUAAAAUGAAAAUUCUUUAAAGGGACCAUGUAAAUAUUCAAAUUGGAUUAAUACAUAAAUUAUUUUUAUACAUUUUCAAAACCAUUUGUCCUAAAUGCACACUUUAAAAUAAAUAUAUAGAAAGUAUUUUCAAAUAUAGUUGCAUGUUCUUUGAAUAGAUAAUUUUAUCAGAUCUCUAACUUUUUUUACUAUAAUGAGAUAAAUGUGGCGUUUUUCUUGUUGCUGCUGAUAGCUGUGUGUGCUAAAAUCAAAGUUUCAGCAAUGGCAGACCAAAUAAGAGCUCUUAUGUCAGUAGAACAAGUAUGUAAUUCAUCGCUUAAAGCAUUUUCUUCACCUAGCAAUCAGAAUCACUGGGGGAAUUUUUUCAAAAGACAGGUAUUGUAGAUUCACUUGAGACAGGGUCAGUCAGUCUCUAAGGUAUGGCAUUUGGGAAUGUGUAUUUUUUAAAUAGUCCCUAGGUGAUUCUUAUGUAUUACUUCUACAAGAGAACUAUUGCCCUAGAGAAUUAAAUAAGAAGAAUGAAAGGAAUUACUAAUGCUUAGAAUAACAUCUGACCAACUUUAAUUUAUAAUUCAUAUUUUCUAGGAAUCAGGAAUACCAAGAAAAAUUGCUAAUUAGAAAUUAUAGUCUUUUGCAUAAGAUGAUGCUGAUAUAUUAUUAGUAUUUCUUGCAAAAAAAAGUGUCUAAAAUAUUACUUCUUAAUAAAAAUAAAAUAGCUGGCUAUUUCCCAGUAAAGAAAUAUUUUCUCUGGCAGCUACUUCACUGUACUUUUGAUAAUUUUUUUUUUUUCUAUUUCUUGUUUCUGUUUAUUUUCACAAUGACAUUCUAAUCUUUUUAGCUAUGUAUGAUGUUUAUAGUCACUGUUUUGGUGGGAAAACUUAGGCCAGCAUUAUGUCUUCAUUGUUCUUGACCAAACACCUUCUUUUGAUGUCUUCAGGUUUUAUUUUUAAUUGCAUAUUUCAUUUUGCAUCAUACUAAUGCUUAGGAGAUCAUAUAAAUCACAUACUUUAUGAUUGAUUUUAAAGUUUGAAUUACCCCAACUACUGAUUUUGUUUUUCUAGUCUUGAACCUUGAUCAAACAUUUCAAUAAUUUUAAACUAUUAAUAUAUGACUCAACUGGAUUUAUAUAUAGGCAGUCUCCAACUAAGAAGUGAAUUGUGUUCUAAGAGUUUGUUUGGAACUAACAAUAAUAUCUGAUAGAGUAAGUGCUACACAAGUGGUCCACUUUGCACAUGACUCUACAAGUACUUACUUAACCAAUAUUGAAGUUGAAUUGUAUGGUACCUUCUUUUAUAACCAGUUUUCAAGCGGAAAUAACAAUUCUUUUUAAGUCACAUAGUAGAUCUUGUAAAAUGAAUUAGAUCUCCCUUUGUUGGCUGCUUAGGAUUACAACUACCAUUUAUGAGGUUUUUUUGUUGUUUGUUUUUUAGUGGAAAAUUAAUGUUUUCCUAUUUUACUUGUCAUGGCUACUGGUCUCAGGCAUGUAUAUGGUAUGUACUUGCUCUGUUGACCUAGGAAGUGUCACAGUCUGAAAUUUAGAGGCUGGAACCAAGAAGACCCGUUUGCUCCUUCUACCUUUGGCUAUUAGCCCUUGUUAGAGACAGUGGCUGCUUGUUCAUGGAUACACUCUAGUGACAAAGAUUGCUUGCAUUAAGUGCAUAUUCUGCACCAACCACUGUUCAUUGACUAACUACUGCCUUAUAUAUGCUAAGUGUUUUUGGUUUAUUUUUUAGUUCACAUACUAAUUUUGAGAUGCAAAGCCAUUUUGAUUUGCAUUAUGAUCAAAUGCAUUAAUAUUUCAUUUCAGGACUAGAAAUAACAUUGUAAUUACAUUCUAAGUGAUGUAAAAUAAAAAACAUUUAAAAUUA